AUGGAGAGCAAAGGAAUUACUGGUGAUGCAGGGGUUACACUGACCCCGGGAAACCGCUCCCAAGCCAUUGCUGCUUUGGCUGAAGAGCAGCAGGGUUGGCUAGAGAAGAAGCUCAAGCCGAAGACGAUCACUGCCCGCUAUCCAUUCACGGGGAAGCCCUUGCUUUGGGCAACUUGUGGAUUUGGCAGCUUGGGUGAUGCCCUUUUCGGUUACAAUUCCGGUAUUAUGUCCGGUCUACUGGUGAAUUCGGUCUUUAUAUCUCGCUUUUUCAAAGACUAUGGGGGUGCCAAUGGAAGCACGGAUGGUGUCAACCCUUCGAUCACCGGCAUAUCUGUCGCAUGUCUGCAGGCUUCUGCAGCAGUAGGGUCACUACUGGCAGGUCGACUGGGCGACAUUAUCGGUCGUAAGAAGUGUGUUCGCAUUGGUGCCUUCAUAUAUUUCUUCAGCGCCUUCAUCCAAAUGUUUGCACCAGGAUUCGGUACCUUCGUGGCCGGUCGCACGAUUCAAGGAUUGGGUGUUGGGUUUUUAUCAAUGACCGUUCCUAUCAUUCAAACCGAGAUUGCCGCACCACAUCGCCGAGGAUUGAUGGUGGGCAUUGAGUACACAUUCCAAAUUGCUGGCUACAUGCUUUCUUGCUGGGUUGACUAUGGGUUCUUCUUCGCUUUGCCGAGUAAUAUGUCUUGGCAGGGUCCGUUCAUCAUUCAGAUUAUCCUGUCGUUCAUUCUGCUUGCCAUGUCUUUCUUUCUCCCGGAAACUCCUCGUUGGCUUGCUAUGAAUGGUUUCAGCCAGGAGAGUCUGCAAACUAUUGCCGAUCUACACUCUGAUGGAGACACACAGGCGGAACAUGUGCAAAAGGUCUACAUGGAGAUUCAAGAAGCAGUCAUCUAUGAGGCCCGUCAAGGAAAAUCAAGCUGGAAGGAAAUGUUUACACGCUACCGCAAGCGGACUAUCGUUGGAAUCACAGCCCAGAUGUAUGCCCAGAUCAACGGAAUCAACAUCAUUUCGUUUUAUCUUCCGAGUACUCUAGCUUCUGCCGGAUACAAUGAGAAGAAGUCACUGCUGCUCACUGCCGCAAAUUCACUCCUUAUACUGCUGCCACUGUUGCGACUUGAUACUUACGACAAAAGGCUAAUUCUGGAAACAAAAAAAGGUCUCGGCAUGGCUGUCCUCUUAUCCAUUGUCUGUGUGUUUACCGAAGCUCCCUUCAGCAUUCAAAUGAAGGCAAACGGACAGUAUGCCUUCGUCAUGCUGUAUAAUAUUCUCUACGGAUUUACCUGGGGACCAAUGCCUUGGCUCAUCCCCGCGGAGAUAUUCCCACUUCGUGGACGCAGUAAAGGAAUGGCGCUUGCUACGACAAGCAACUGGGUUUUCAACUUUAUCAUCGGCAUGGUAUCGCCCGACGCAUUUGCCGGUAUCCAUGGGUAUUUCUACCUCAUCAUCGCGUUCUUCUGUCUCUCUUCGGCUGUAGUCUCGCAUUUCUACUAUGUCGAGACUGCCGAUCAUACUCUAGAGGAAAUUGCUGUUGCCUUUGGUGAGAAGGCAUUUGCGAGUCCCGAUAACGAGGUGAUGGAAAUUGCCCAUGAUGAUUCUAAGUGUGACAAGGAGCAACAUCUAGCCUGA